AUGGUGAGCAGCACCCACGAGCAUCACGACUACGUGCGCAAACACAAGUUCACCACCCCCGAUGUGGAGCGCGACUGGCGGCCGCGGGGCUACACCUGCGACUUGUUCGUUGACCCGCCAGGCAAGGAGUGGGUGGACUUCACUCACAAGGAGGACGAGCUGGUGGUGGUGGUGACGGGGCGCAUGGAGUUUCUCAUCGGUGGAGACCGCGUGGUGCUGGAGCCAGGGGACGAGGCCUUCAUCCCGGCGGGGGUGAAGCACAGCACCAAGAACAUGGGGGCCAGCGAGGCGCGGUGGCUCUACGGGUAUGCUUGA